UAUAAAGGUGCGCGCCGAAGCCAAGUAGACAAGAUCUUUGGGUCUGGGUUUGAGGAGCGCAGCAGUCAUGGCUAGCCACAUCGUGCUCUCCAACGGCGCUAAGAUGCCCCUCUUGGGCCUGGGCACCUGGAAGUCCCCUCCAGGCAAAGUGAUGGACGCUGUGAAGGUGGCGAUCGACCUCGGGUACCGCCACAUUGACUGUGCCCACGUGUACCAGAACGAGAACGAGGUGGGCAUGGCCAUCCAGGAGAAGAUCAAGGAGCAGGUGGUGAAGCGUGAGGACCUCUUCAUCGUCAGCAAGCUGUGGUCCACGUACCACGAGAAAAACCUGGUGAAAGGAGCCUGCCAGAGGACACUCAGCGACCUGAAGCUGGACUAUCUGGACCUCUACCUUAUUCACUGGCCCAUCAGUUUCAAGUCUGGGGAGGAUUUUUUCCCGUUGGAUGCGAAAGGCAACGUGAUUUCCUCUGACGCUGACUUUCUGGACACGUGGGAGGUCAUGGAAGAGCUGGUCGAUGAAGGGCUGGUGAAAAAUAUUGGAAUCUCCAACUUCAACCACGUCCAAAUCGAGAGGCUCUUAAACAAACCUGGCUUAAAAUAUAAGCCGGCGGUCAACCAGAUUGAGUGCCACCCGUACCUCACUCAGGAGAAGUUAAUCCAGUAUUGCCAGUCCAAAGGCAUUGCGGUGACUGCCUACAGUCCCCUCGGCUCUCCCGACAGGCCCUGGGCCAAGCCUGAGGACCCUUCCCUACUGGAGGAUCCCAGGAUCAAAGCCAUAGCUGACAAGUACAAUAAAACCACAGCCCAGGUUCUGAUCCGGUUCCCCAUGCAGAGGAAUUUGGUCGUGAUCCCCAAGUCUGUGACUCCGGAACGCAUCGCCGAGAACUUCCAGGUCUUCGACUUUGAACUGAGCAAUGAGGAUAUGACCACGUUACUCAGCUACAACAGGAACUGGAGGGUCUGUUCCUUGGUGAGCUGUAUCUACCACAAGAAUUAUCCCUUCCAUGAAGAGUUUUGAAGCUGUGGGUGCCUGCCCUUCCCCAACGAGCUGUACCUACCCUUUCUGCCUCGUUCUUCCUGUAUGCAGUGUAGCGUAGCGCGCAUCCCUCAGCGUUGGGGGCAGCCACCGGCAGACGAACCAGUGAGGGCCUCGCCAGCCUGGCCUUGGGUCUGAAGAACAAUCUGAGUAGAGGUCUCUCAGUUUCCUUUGCCCUCCUUGUCCAGCAAGAAAGUACAAUCUCAAUAUCCUUCCCUAAGUUGAAAAAAUAGUUCACUAACAGUUAGGUUUUGGCUGCUUGGAACUGUAAUCCUCUCAGCCAGAACCAAAUAACAAGUACUCUCUGAGCUCAAUGGUGUCGGUUUGGUUUGGUGUGUUGAGAUGACUCAUCGCCUUUUGUCGCAGUUGACCUUCAUCCCACUGUUCCCCACAGAGCCGGCCAUUUGACCCUGCAACACAAAUGAGGACUUGGCACCUUCCCUUUGGCGGGGGACCCCUUCAGCCAGUAUUUUGCCCAGUUACCUUUCGGGUAACUUUGGAGUCAGCUGGGGAGCCGCAGGUGCUAGUGAUGUCUGGCCCUCCUUAGAUGUGUGGAGACGCUCUCAUCAGUCUAGGGGGUAGGUGGCCGGGACAUCGAGAGUC